CAGAUGGAGGGGUUUACGUUUUAAUUGGCCUCCUGAAGGAUCCGAGUCAUGUGACGUUCUCAGCUUUAGGAGCGUAAGCAUGGCGGUCAGUGUUUGGUUUUUGAGCGCUGUUGUCACUUUUGUUCAUUUAACGCCGUUAACUUUUAUCAAAGAAGAAAAUCAUUUCAAACAGUGGAUGUUACAGCACAAUAAAGUUUAUGACCAUGAGGAGUUUAAUCACCGGCUCAAAAUAUUUACAGAAAAUAAAAAGAUGAUAGAACAUCAUAAUGCAGGAAAUCACUCAUUUACAAUGGGACUGAAUCAGUUCUCAGACAUGUCAUUUGAGGAAUUCGGGAAAUUCUACCUUCUGUCACAGCCCCAGAACUGCUCAGCUACUAAAGGAGCUCACGUCAGCAGGCCUCGUCCAAAUCCCCGGUCUAAAGACUGGAGGAGGGGAGGGAACGUUGUGACUCCUGUGAAGAACCAGGGUCACUGUGGGAGCUGUUGGACGUUUUCUACAACAGGCUGUUUGGAAUCUGUGAAUGCCAUUGAGACCGGGAAGCUAAUACCUCUGUCUGAGCAGCAGCUGAUAGACUGUGCCCAUGGCUUCAAAAAUUAUGGAUGCAUGGGUGGACUCCCCAGCCAAGCCUUCGAGUACAUCAAAUACAACAAGGGUCUUAUGACGGAGGAGGACUAUCCUUACAAAGGCCAUGAGGACACAUGUCUUUUUAAGCCUUCGCAUGCAGCUGCUUUUGUCUGGGAUGUUGUCAACAUAACCACUAAUGAUGAAAAAGCCAUGGUUGAUGCUGUGGCCUGGCUCAACCCUGUGUCCUUUGCCUUUGAGGUCACACCUGAUUUUAUGCACUACAAAGAAGGAGUUUACUCCAGUUUGCAGUGUGAGAAAACAGCAGACAAGGUGAAUCAUGCAGUCCUAGCUGUGGGUUACGGAGUUGAAAAGGACGGCAUGCUGUAUUGGAUCGUGAAGAACUCUUGGGGCACAGCCUGGGGAAUGGAUGGAUACUUUUUGAUUGAGCGAGGAAAAAACAUGUGUGGACUGGCUACGUGUGCUUCAUAUCCUCUAAUUUAGUCUGAAGAGAAACACAGACUGAACAAAGUCAUCCAGAGACAACAAAUGGGGUCAAAGUGAGGGAGUCGGCGUUCAUGAAGUGUUUCAUGCUGAACUUUGGUUUUCUGACCAUGUGUACAGUACAUGUAAAUGAUUUCACGUAGAAAUUGAAAAGGAAGAUAGAAUAAACAAAUGUUAAAAGUACUGUAAAACAUGUAUUUAUUUACAGCUGAAUUAGUACCAUGAUGUCCAUCCACCCACCCAUCCAUCCAUAUAUCGCUUACCCGUUAGGGGGUCUCUGGGCAGUACAAUGAUGUAUUUUAAAUACACGGUUACAUGAAAGAAGCUCAGGGCUAUUCAGAUACAUUAUUUUACAUUCUGACAUGUGGUGGCUACUGGGUUUAUUGUAUGUACUUGUAUAAAGUGUCCUUAUAUUGUUGUUAAAUUAAAUAUAUAUAUCCCAAUCAA